GCGGAACGAAAAUAUGCAAACACCGGCAGUCGGAUGACAGCAAGAUCUACAGAGGGCAUGAUAGCGCAUAGAGGCAAGAAGAGAGCGCAGAUUUCGAUUCUAUUAUAUACCCAGUGCAGUGGGAGCAGUUUCUUCCUAGUUCAGCAUGGGUAUUUUUCACGCUGCUUCAAUAUUGAAACUCUCUACGCAUAUCUCACGGAAGAAACUAGCAGUAAAAUUCAUCGGUAACCACUUUGCUCUUAUAAGAUCUUAUUCACAACACGAACAUGACUAUCUCAGACGAACGAUACCCAGAGGCUAUCACUGACCCUAGUUACCGUGGUCAGAUCCUCACCCUCACCUAUCCGAUCGUUGGUAACUAUGGUGUGCCGGACACCUUUCUUCAGGACGAGAUGGGGCUUAGGGAGAAUGUUGAGUCUGACAGAAUACAUGUAUCUGGCCUCAUAGUGCAGGAUUAUUCGCAUGACUAUCACCACUGGAACUCGACAAAGUCGUUGUCACAAUGGCUACAGGAGGAGAAGGUUCCGGGUCUGUACGGCAUCGACACACGCAUGCUGACCAAGCACAUACGCAACAAGGGAAACGUACUUGGAAAGAUAGAGUUUGCCGGUCAGGAAAUUGCGUUCGACGAUCCCAACCAGAGGAAUCUCAUCGAGGAAAUAUCAACAAAAGAAGUCAAGUGGUACGGAAAAGGAAACCCUGUCAGGAUAGUAGCGAUUGAUUGCGGCAUCAAACACAACAUGAUUCGGAGCCUGGUGAAGCGAGGCGCGGAGGUGAAGCUGGUGCCUUGGGACCACGAUGUCAUGCAGGAGGAGUACGAUGGACUCUUCAUCUCUAAUGGCCCCGGAAAUCCGACAUUCGCUGGCGUUGCCAUCGACAACCUGAGUCGUGUGCUCGCUGAACGUGAUGAACCCCUGUUUGGCAUCUGCAUGGGUAACCAGCUAGUGGCGCUGGCAUCGGGGGCGAGGGCCUACAAGCUGACACUGGGCAACAGAGGACAGAACCAACCUGUGUUGAACCUCCUCACAGGAGGCGCCUACAUCACAUCACAGAAUCACGGCUAUGCCAUUGACAGUAACACUUUGACAGAAGGUUGGAAACCCCUGUUUAUUAAUGCCAACGAUCGCACUAAUGAGGGCAUAUACCAUGAGAACAGGCCAAUCUUUACAGCACAGUUCCAUCCAGAACACAAAGGUGGUCCCACAGAUACAGAGUUUCUGUUCGACACGUUCAUGGCCAUGGUGAACAAGAAAGUACGCAGCAUCACAUCACUGGUGGAGACACUUCCCCCAAAACCUCAGCGAGUCAAGGCAUCUAAGGUGCUAGUGCUCGGUAGUGGUGGGCUAUCUAUAGGGCAGGCUGGGGAGUUUGACUAUAGUGGCUCUCAAGCUAUUAAAGCAUUGAAGGAGGAAAAUCUGAAUACGGUGUUGAUGAAUCCAAACAUUGCGUCCGUGCAGACAAAUGCAGAUGGAGCGAAGCAGGAGUGGCACUGUGGCAGAAUGGGGUGCUGCAGGAGCAUGGGGUGGAGGUGCUCGGCACUCCUAUAGACUCGGUGAUCGCCACCGAGGAUCGAGACAUCUUCGCAAAGAAGAUGCAGGAGAUCAACGAGAAGAUUGCACCCAGCACAGCCGUCACCACGGUCGAUGAAGCACUUAAGGCUGCAGAGAAGAUCGGCUAUCCGUUAAUGGUGCGGUCUGCGUACGCACUUGGUGGUCUAGGGUCGGGUCUCGUCAACAACCCCGAUCAACUGAAACAGCUGGCUACAGCCGCACUGAAAACAACCAAGCAGAUUCUGGUGGAGAAGUCACUGCUGGGUUGGAAGGAGGUAGAGUAUGAGGUGGUGAGGGAUGUGGCUGGUAACUGUGUCACCGUCUGCAAUAUGGAGAACUUUGACCCUCUUGGCAUACACACAGGUGACUCGGUUGUUGUUGCUCCCAGCCAAACCUUGUCCAACCACGAAUACCACAUGCUGCGAGAAACUGCUAUAAAAACGGUGAGGCACAUGGGCAUAGUUGGUGAGUGCAACAUCCAGUAUGCGCUCAACCCGACAUCACUCGAGUACUGCAUCAUUGAGAUCAACGCCCGGCUGUCACGCAGCUCCGCACUCGCCUCCAAGGCCACGGGCUACCCACUCGCGUUCAUCGCAGCGAAGCUGGCGCUCGGCAUCACGCUGCCGGAGAUUCGCAACGAGACGACGCGCAUCACGACGGCUUGUUUCGAGCCGAGCCUCGACUACAUCGUGACGAAGAUCCCGCGCUGGGAUCUCGAUCGCUUCCACGGCACGUCGAAGGAGAUCGGCAGCUCGAUGAAGAGCGUUGGUGAGGUGAUGGCUAUCGGGCGCACAUUCGAAGAGAGCCUGCAGAAAGCGAUGCGUAUGACUCAUCCAAGUGUCGACGGGUUCACACACGCAAUCCACGACGAGAUGUCUGAGACUGACCUCGAGGCCAGUGUCAAGAUGCCCUCAAACACAAGACUACACACCAUCGCCAAGGCUCUGCAUGACGGUUACUCCGUGAAAAAGAUUCAGAGUCUGACGGCUAUCGACCCGUGGUUCCUCAACAAGCUGCUGCGCAUCAUCGGCAUCGAGAAGGAGCUAAGCACGAUGAACAUAGACACGAUCACGACGAACGAGAUGCUGACAGUUAAGCAGGCUGGCUUCUCAGACAAGCAGGUCGGGCGUCUGCUUGGCCAGACCGAGGAUGCGGUUCGUCAGGCGAGACUGAAGAUGGACGUGCGGCCGUGGGUGAAGCAGAUCGACACGAUGGCAGCAGAGUAUCCUGCAACGACUAACUAUCUGUACUGCUCCUACAACGGCAUGGAACACGAUGUAACGUUCACGGACAACGGCAUCGCAGUGCUCGGCAGCGGCCCCUACCACAUCGGCAGUUCAGUCGAGUUCGACUGGUGCGCCGUCUCUUGCAUCCGCUCACUGCGCAACCUGGGCCGCAAGACGGUGGUUGUCAACCACAACCCGGAGACCGUCAGCACAGACUUUGAUGAGUGUGAUCGCCUCUACUUUGAGGAGCUGUCUCUCGAACGUAUCCUCGACAUCUACCAACACGAGGGUUGCCACGGCGUCAUCGUGUCUGUGGGUGGGCAGAUCCCGAACAACCUCGCGCUGCCGUUGUACAGCCACGGUGUGAACGUGCUCGGCACUAGUCCGCUGAAGAUACACGCCGCUGAGGAGAGAUCGAUUUUCUCAGCCAUCCUGGAUCGUCUUGGCAUCGACCAACCUGCCUGGAAGGCCCUCACGUCACUGGACGAGGCAUUGGAGUUCUGCGCGUGUGUCGGCUACCCGUGUUUGCUGCGGCCGUCGUUUGUGCUGAGUGGCUCUGCGAUGAACGUGUGCCACGGGCCCGAGCAGCUGCGCGGAUUCCUGGAGGAGGCGACGCGCGUCUCGCUCGAGCAUCCUGUCGUCAUCUCCAAGUUCAUCGAGAACGCUCGCGAGGUUGAAAUGGACGCCGUCGCACACUACGGAAAGGUGGUGGCGCACGCUGUGACGGAACACGUGGAGAAUGCUGGCGUGCACAGCGGUGACGCCACGCUCAUCCUGCCGACGCAAACCAUCUCUGACGUAGCCCUCCUGAAGGUGAGAAAUGCCACGCGGAAGAUAGCGGAGGCAUUUGAAAUCAGUGGACCAUUUAACAUGCAAUUCAUCGUGAAGGACAACACUGCGAUGGUGAUCGAGUGUAACUUGCGAGCAUCCCGCUCAUUCCCAUUCGUCUCCAAGACGAUGGGCAUUGAUCUGAUCGACAUCGCGACAAGGCUGUGGCUGGGGGAGCUGCUCGACCGACGCAAUCUGCCAACCCUCGAGAAUCCUCACACGCCGACCGACUAUGUAGGCAUAAAGGCACCCAUGUUUUCUUGGCCACGUCUUAGAGAUGCAGACCCCUUGCUUAGAUGUGAAAUGGCAUCUACUGGAGAGGUCGCGUGCUUCGGCACAGACAUCUACACAGCGUUCCUGAAAGCGCUGAUGUCGACGGGGUUCCGUCUGCCACGCAAGCAGUCGAGUCUACUGAUUGGCAUCCAGCACCGUUUCCAGCAUCAGUUCCUGCCGACCGCCAAGCUACUGCAUGACCUCGGCUACAAGUUGUAUGCUACCGAGGCAACAGCAGAAUACCUGCGAGUGCACAAUAUGGAAGCAAGGACUGUUCGGUGGCCACUGCUGGAGAGUGAGUCAUCAGACCCUAGUGCCACUGACCUGAUCGAGAACGGUGUUGUUGACCUCGUGAUUAACCUACCCAAUCAUAACACAAAGUACCUGCGGGACAACUUCCUUAUACGCCGUACAUCCGUCGACUGUGGUGUGCCUCUGCUUACUAACUUUGAGAUCGUACAGCUGUUUGCUGAGGCUCUUGGACAUGUGGGAAAGAUCGACUCUAAAAGUCUGUUCCACUACAGGAAGGAUAAGCAGAAGACCCCUAUCUCCACCAUCUCCACCCAUGACAGAACUGAAUUAUAGUGUCUGGUAGCCCAGUAACCACUGCUAGCACCAGGCUGGUGUUGUGCUGAUGACAUGACACCACAUGUUCUGCCAUACGCAGGUGUGACUGGUAUGGCGAGUAAAAGGGGUGUGCGAGGUGGAAGUUCUACUGUGAUUUUACACAGAUUUAAAAUAAAACUGUGAGGAUGGGCAAAUCUUUGGUGCAGGGUUGGUUUUGUGUGGUUAUCGCUGUGAUAGGUUAUGGUAUGAUAGCAUUGUCUGUUGAUAUACCUAUACAGUCCUUUAUGUUUGAGGUGUUUGGUACUUAAAUAAUAUAUUUUGUUACGCAGCCAAUGGUGGACCAUAUAGUGGGGAUGUUUGGCUGCAACGAGGGUUUCCCCAGACUAAAAAUCAUGCUUCUUUACUCUUUCAUUACUGACCAUUUUUUACCACCCACACAUAGCCAUCCUAGCCAUUUUUUCUAUAAAACUCGAUCAAUCAUAAUCGAUAUUUCAAAGUGACCUCCUGAAUUUAUUAUUUGAGAUAGAUCUGUUCUGUAAAAGGAAAGUUUACUCUAAAUUAGCUCUACUUUUCAGAAAAACCACUAAAAA